AAGGAAACGUAAUGAGGGCUCUGCGUGGUGGAGGUUAGAUGCGUUUAUACAUAACUGAAAUAACAAUGGCACAGAUCAGACUUUGAUGUGGCCCCAGUAUGCAAAUCUAACAGCACAGUACAACAAGGUUGAGGAUCCCAGACAUAAACAGGCUAACAACACGCAUGCCAAUCUUUAUUCGGAAUUACAAAGGAACAAGGAAGCUGGAGGGGGGGACGAGGGCUCGUAAAGAAAGAGACGACGCUUAAGGUGACACUGUGGUCAUGUGCGAUCUCGAUUCCAAUAAUGUUCAAUCUUUGUAAUUCCUCUCCAUGGUGAGUACUCGUUCAAGGAUAAUCAGAUGACCAGGCACCGACACCAAAGAAAAUCGAUACCACAUCAUUUAACCGCAUCUGAAAUUCAAUAAAAUACAAUAUAUAUGCACAAAAUGAAAAAGUAUGAAUAAAAAAAAUGCCCAAUUCUAACAGGCGAUAACUUUAAGAUGCAAAACGUCAUGCGGGUCAAUCAUUAAAAGCUGAUAAGGAAGUUGUGGACUUUGGAAACGGCUGUAAAUACUGGCCUGAUGCAGCAGGUAGUUUCCUCUAUUUCUAGGCUGGGUGCAGUCCUCACACUCCCGUGUCGACGCGCAGGAGUGGCGCACGGAUGACGCACUAUUGCGUUAAAUUACGUGCCCGAGCACGUGAUGCCCGGACUUUACCAUUGAGCAGGAAAGACAGAAGAUAACGCAAGCAGACAGAUCUACAUCAGAUCAUAAGGCCUACAGGGGCUAAACUGGUUUGCUCUGGGAUAUUUCACUCACAAAAGGAUGAUCAUGGACAAUAUCUUCCCAAACAUCAGGCUAUUGUUGGUGGCAGUCUUUCUGGUUGUAGUUCAGCUAAACAGAGACGUGACCGAGGCCUUGGCGGUGACGUCCUCCGGUCCCCAGACCAUCAAGAGGCCCCAGGGGACUACUGUCCUCCUGGGGUGCACCUUCACGCCGGGGCCCGCGGACGUGGGAGAGCUGGACGUGGAGUGGUACAACGCCAACCCUGACGUCACUCAGAAGGACACGCUGCUCAUCUCCUUCACGGGGGGAAAGACGCUGCACUACGCCACGUCCAGCGUCACCAGGAGGAUGAAGUUCAUCGGGGACCCCACGACGGGGGACGCCUCGGUCUCCAUCUCUGACGUGGAGGAGGGCGACACGGCCACCUACCAGUGUAAGGUGAAGAAGGCCCCCGGCGUGGACAUGAGGAAGGUCACCCUGGUGGUAAUGGUUCGCCCCUCGGUUCCCCGGUGCUGGGUGAAGGGUGGGGAGGAGAAGGGAGGGGACGUGUCCCUGCGCUGCCUGUCCGCCAAGGGAUCCGUCCCUUUGACGUACGCCUGGAGCACGGAGAGUGGGGGCCCCCUACCACCCCGCACCACCCAAGACUCGCAGACCGGAGAGCUGCUGAUCAGGAACCAUUCAGACAGCUAUAUCGGGACAUACGUCUGCCUCGCAAAGAAUCCUGUGGGCGAGGAGCAGUGCAAAUACACGCUCCAGGCGCACAACCCGACCAACAAGGCGGGAGUCAUAGUGGGGGCGGUCAUCGGGGCACUGCUGCUCCUCCUGCUCCUCCUCCUCCUCAUCUGGCUCCUGGUCGUCUGCUGCCUCAAACGCCGUUACCAGAAGGAGAUGGCCAAUGAGAUCAGAGAGGACGUCCCGGCCCCCGAGAGCCGUCCGACCAGCAGGAACUCGAGCAUCCGCUCGGUGAUGGCGUACCGCGCGCACCCAGGAGUCAAGUACAGCUCGGUGCAGAAGGGCCAGCCGGGAAGGACGGAGUCUGGUCGCAGCGCCGCCAACAGCACCCGGAGCAACGGCAGAGACAUGGCGGUCUCUCCUGGGCAGAGCCUGCCUCGCCUCCAGUACGACAGCAAGUUUGGAUACCCGGUGUAGGGCAUGGAUUUAUCCCUGGCGUAGGGCAUGGAUUUACCCCGGCAUAGGGCAUGGAUUUACCCCGGCGUAGGGCAUGGAUUUACCCCGAUGUAGGAUGUGGACUUGCUGCUGCUUCGGCCUACCUUGAACCUUUUUAAACCUUUUUUCUUUAAGUUGUAAAUCGUUCCUUUAUCUCUUGUCAUGGAUUUGAUGGAGGUAACAAAUGGUGCAAUAGCAAAAGUGGGAUACAAAGCCAGCAGCAUCACAGGCUGCCUCAUUUGCCCACUUAUUGCCAGAUAUGAAUACAAGGCUAUUAGGCAGGAAUCCAUAAAGGCUCUCCCGUAAACCCAUGUAGAGCUAAAGUUCUCAAGUGUGCUGUAAAGUGUAUCAUGGCCCUUGUAAACAAACGUGUAAAAUAGCUUCCACCUGAAUCUAAAUCCGUUGUGAUCGCGCACGCGCAGGCUGUGAAACCCAUGGAUGUAAAUAAAAUGUAUGCCUGCGUGUAUUCAGGUAUGUAUUGGUCUCUCAAGCAGGGGUAAUUAUGCAUGGAUUUUCGUGUUUUUUAAAUGUCUAUUAUAUAUAUUGGUCUCUCAAGCAGGGGAAAUGCUAAUUAUAGAUGGAUUUCUUUAUGUUUUUUAAAUCUGUACAAUAAACUGCUUUAAAACUGUAACUGAAAAGUAAAGCCAUCGGAUUAUACUUUUUAAAACAAG